AUGAUUGAAGAACACAAGUUCUUUGAUAAAAUAAUGCGUGAGACUCUGAAGACUGCACAGAACCGAUCUUUUCAUGGUGGUGACAUCAAUCUGACAAGGGGUCUUCAAGGUAUCGGCGCAGGGGUUGGAAGCACCUCUCCCUACGAACUUGACCUUGACUGGUACGAUGACUUUGAGCCUGGGAACAUUGACCAACACUCGUUCUUUAGAUACGAGGAUGUUGGUAAAAUACUGUGUAUUACCCUGAAAACUGAUGGAACUGACGACUACAUAGUGGACUACGUCUACGUGACAAGUAGCCUUUGGACCAAGCCCGAUAUUUGGUUCUUCAUGAAGAACAAGGAAGAGACCGUUCUCUCCAAAGAUCCAGAGGACAGCGGUAAACUGAAGUUGUGUGAGAACAGAUGUUAUCGCUACCUCCCUGUUGGUUCUGAUAACUGGAUCCUUGAAAAGAUGGACUACAAGACUGAUAAAGGUAUCGUGCACCCGACAAGCACGAUUAAAGCUGGAGAGAUCACGGUGGAUGCUAGAGACAGCAGUUCCUCUCAAACCUCCUCCAUCAAUCUGGCAACUACCAUCUCAGAUACACUCUCCUUCGAGCACGAACAAGGAAUCACUGUGUCCUCAGAGGUAAACUUUGAGGCGAAUAUCCCCAAUAUCGUGAGUGGGACUAUAUCAAUCUCACAAAGCAAGUCCGAGACAAACAGCUUCACAAAGUCAAAUACAGUCACUAAAUCUGUCUCCUUCAACUUCCCUUGUGUAGCUGCAGCCGGUAAGAAAGUGACUUGUAAAGCUUACCAGGAAAAGUACCAAAUGGAGAUACCGUACCAACAAGUUUGGAAGCACAAAACACAGAGGUGCACAUACGAAGUGAGCGGCAUGUCUACUGUUGACUCUGAUUCUACCAUCACUAUGGAGGUGCACGAAGAGUAACUGACUAACCCUGACUAUAAGACGGAUCCGCUCACUGAAGAAGAAAUCGAAAUUAAUGACCGAUGACAAUUUCUAAUAUAAAAU